GUCUUUAACAAUAAAAGCAAAGUCUACGUGACAAGAUCAGAUCUGAUAAGACUCGACCCACGGGGGGGAACAGAAACGACGCGCUUGGAUACGGGAAGCUGCUGAGCGGAUUUGAAAUUUGCAAUUCCUGCUCUUCAUGCCAGAACCUGCAGCUGUCUGGGUCGCGUCCCACUGCCGCUAGUGUGAGAAAGCUUCGUAACGCAUGGAGGAACCAACGGGAAACUUUGUUUUUUCCCUGGUCUAACCCAAGAGGAUUCCGUAACUUGUUUAACAAUUUCCUGCAUUGUUAAGGAGACUGAAUGGUAGUAUUUGGCAGUCAAGCCUUUCUGUCCGCGUUUUGACUAAAAUCUUUGCACAUGUGAAAGAUAUAGGAAUGAGGAAUCCAAGUCUCUCUCAGCGGACCAGCUUCUGCCCCUGAAACCAUGACCACUUACUUGAACCUGACCGUUCUGCUGAAUGAAACCUCCCACAGAGGAUGCAACCUCACCAAGACAGGUUUCCAGUUCUAUUACCUGCCCACUGUUUACAUCAUGGUUUUCCUUACGGGGCUGGUGGGCAACAGUCUGGCAAUCUGGAUGUUCGUGUGCCACAUGAGACCCUGGAGCAGCAUCUCUGUCUACAUGUUCAACCUGGCCCUGGCUGACUUCUGCUACGUCCUCUCUCUGCCUUUUCUUAUCUUCUACUACUUCAACAAAACCAACUGGAUUUUUGGGGACAUAUUGUGCCGGUUGCAACGCUUUAUAUUCCACGUGAACCUCUAUGGAAGUAUUCUGUUUCUCACUUGCAUCAGUGUUCACAGGUACACUGGUGUGGUGCACCCACUCAAAUCGCUAGGCAGGUUGAAGAAGAAAAACACUGUUAUUACCAGUGCCUUGGUGUGGUUGAUCGUUAUCAUAAGUAUGUCCCCAAUUCUUUAUUAUUCCAGGACAGGUUUGAAGCGUAAUGCAACCACUUGUUAUGACACAACUACUGAGGAUGAGUUACCAGGUUAUUUCAUUUAUAGCAUGACUAUGACUGUGUUUGGGUUCUGCAUCCCGUUCAUCAUCAUAUUUUGCUGCUAUGGCAUGAUUGUCAAGGCGUUGAUCUACAACGACAUGAACAAUGCUCCCCUGCGUCAAAAAUCCAUCCACCUGGUCAUCAUCGUGCUUGCAGUCUUCGCUGUCUCCUAUCUGCCCUUUCACGUCAUGAAAAACCUCAACAUGCGGGCUAGGCUGUACUUCCAAAGCCCCGAUAUGUGCGAGUUCAACAACCGCGUCUAUGCCACGUACCAGGUGACGCGGGGCCUUGCCAGCCUCAACAGCUGCGUGGAUCCUGUCCUUUAUUUUCUGGCUGGAGAUACCUUCAGGAGGAAGCUGUCACGGGCUACCAAAAAAACCUCUAAGAAGGGGGACACUGUCCUUCAGUCCAAGAGUGAUGAGACGGCUCUCAACAGCCUGCCUGAGUAUGUGGAGAACGGGAACCGGAGGUCUAACUAACUUGGUCACCUGUGAGAUCCUGAAACAGAUAGACUUGGAGUAAAUAAAUGCACUAUGUGGACUGAGGACUUUAUGUAAAAUUGAUUAGAUAAUGAUUUGUAGAAAUGUUGGAUAAUUACUCCAUUACUCCCUGUGUUGACCAUUGCUUGUCAACAUUGAUAAGCUAUCGUAUUGUACUGUUCUGUAUCAUAUUGUACUCAGUAUAUUAGAGCUAUUACUUUAUUUUUUUAUAAACUAGUUUGUGUUGCUUACACUUCAAACAAAAUGAGCACCCUGAAGAGACCAGCUGAGGGAAAUAGAUUGUCGAACAGGUAAUAAUCCUUUGUUCUUCAAUUUAUUCAGCUAUAUAGGGCGUAGUGAGGAUUGCAUCUUCUCAAGCCACGAGCUGAUGCUUAAUCAAUACCUAUUUAGCAGGCGUGAGAAGGUGCAGGAGGAUUGAAUGGCUUUUAGAAGAAAAAGUGAAUGCACUGAGCCUAUGGUUGAUGAAAAAAUGUGCACAGCAGACAUUGUAAUACCCUAUAAGCAGUAUCUAUCUGCUCUACCUGUUCACCUUAAUUUGUUCGCCCUCUUUUACCUUUGUGAGAGUAGAAUGCGGUUGACUCAAAGUCUACAAAGGCUCUUUCUUCCAAUAAUUUUUCACUUCUAACCUGUUUGUCACAGAAAAUAAAGGUAAUAUUUGCAGUAUUUUUGUGUAUCUGAUGCUACAGUUGUUUUUUCUAUGUGUACUGUAAAGGAUGUUGUGACUGUUAGGAUUAGUUUGCUUCAUUCUGUGUAACGUUUUUUUUUUUGCUAAAUUGGAGCUUCAAAGUGCAUGAGUCCAGUAUGAAACCAAUAACAAUGAAAAUGUGAGUCACACCAGCAAGUUCUAACUAACCUUGCAUUCAUGGCAACAUAAAAAAUAUUAGUCAUAAUGCUUUAGUUGCUUUGCAGCUCUAUCGACAUGUUGAAGACCUGUUUGUAUGAGAUACCUCAAAGUGAAUCGUGCACUGUGUCUGUGUUCGGCAGAUAAUAAUUUUUUUUAUUUGUUUUGUAUCUGUUGUAUACAUUCUGGAGAAAUGAUUGUGUUACAUGUUUUGUGUAGAUGUUUGACGCCUACUAAUUCCUGUGUUGUGGCCUGUUUUCAGUAUCAAAAAAGGAAGUAAAUCUGCUGUGCAAGA